AAAUGCAAAAGAAACAAUGGAAUCAGCAUCAGACAUCAGCUGUCAGCAUUUAUUAAAGGUUCAUCUCUUCAAGCUUAUCCAAAUACCAAACAAAAAUCAACAUGCUUAAAUUCGUUGCUUUGUUCUGCAUUAUUUCCGCUGCUAAGGCUGGAAUCCUUUCUCCUGCUUUGAGUAUUGGUGCUGUUGCUCCAGCAACUACUAUUCUGUCGGCUCCUACCGUCUUAAGAACAGCACCCAUUGCAGUUGCAACAACAACUGAUAUUAGAGCUCCAAUAGGAAUUAGCAGUGGAUUGAUCUCAAAUGGUCUCAUUUCUGGAGGAUUGAUCUCAAAUGGAAUUGUUUCUGGUGGACUAGUAGCCAAGAGUGGAUUGAUUUCCGGAGGAAUAAUUGGUGGAGGAAAAUUGUUGAUCUAAGAUAAAAUCUAUAAUGUACAUAGGAAGAUUCGAAAGCAUAUAAAAACUAGUUCCUAAAUCCUCUGAUAUUGGAUACUAAUAAAAUUUCCAUUUUUAAGAUGAA